GAGGCUCGCGGUUUCGCUGUUCCUCCGCUGUUCUCAUCGAUGGAUGGGAAUCUCGUGUGUGAUUAAAACGAUUUGUUAUUGAAAAAGACAAUCAAAAUGGCCGCCGUGAUGGGCAGCGGAGCAGUAAAAAUUGAGUUAAUGUAUGCAAGUGGAGACGGCGGUGCUCCGUGAUCGGUGGAGAGCGAUUAUAUUGCGCUGCGAUUACGGUGACGACGACGACAACGACGGCAACGGCAACGGUGACGGUGUGUUUAUGCUGCCCUAAUAAACGGAGAUCCAUCUCUUUCGCUGGCGAGGAGAAUCUAUUUUUGCCCGUACUGCGUAUGUUGUGUGUAGCGAUUGCGGGCGGCCACAUUCGCAGUCAGUAAUUGGCCAGCGCCUAUUACGAUGGCGAAAAUUCGCGUGUAAUACAUCGCUGUGCUGCUCGCUCCGUGUGCUAACGACAGGUUUUUCGAGCUCUCGCGCUCUAUCGCACCCGUUUUGCAAGCCCCCCCCGCCCAUCGCCAGAGAGGCGGUUGUGUUAGUGACCGAUCGAGCGACCUGCUGCCGCUGGUUGUGGGGCCCCCGUGUAUAUUAUUGGCAGCCGGCAGCGGCGACAGUGGUGACGACGGGGUGGCGGUGUUUUUCGCGAACAUUUUUACUUUUCAUUUUCGAACACCUUUCGGAAGCAGCUUGUGUCUCUCCACUUGUGUCCUUGAACGGGCACACCGUGUCGCUUUACCAGCGCGGCGUCAUCAUGCCCCAGAGCGUGCGGUUGUGUAGUGUUUACGCAGCAAACGGAAGAUAAACAAUGCGUGGAAACCCGGAUGACGUGAGCCCGCAAGUAUGGAAAGACUGGAUCCUGGAGGCUAUCAAGCGGAUCCGGUUUCAGAAGCAGCGGCCGAGCAUCCAGCGCAUCUGCCAGGCCAUCGGCAGCCACCACAAGUUCCACGAGGAUAUCGUGGCGGAGAAACUGGAGCAAGCGGUCGACGCCGGUGCGGUGAUCAAGGUGUACAACAAGGGGCUACACUCGUACAAGGCACCGACGUCGGCACAGCGGCGCAUCAUAAAUGUGACGAACGAGAGUAACCUUUCGCGGCUCGUUGCGAAAGCGGUCCGCGAUUUGGGCGAGUUCGAUGGCUCGACGCAAAAGUCGAUCGAAAACUACGUUCAGCAGACGAACAACCUGCACAUCACACCGGACACCGAUUACCGCAGCGUGAUCCGCAACUCGCUGCGCAUAGCGCUCAGCGAGCAGACGGUGCUGCAGGAGGGCCGGCUCUACAAACCCGGACCCAUCUUCAAGCCACAAACCAAACGCAAAUCGACCUCACCGAAGAAACGGGGCUCCAAGCACCAGCUGGAUCGUUCGGUAGACGGAAGUGCAUGUUUUGUGUGCCAGGAGGGGGACGGUAAUGGGUCCGACGAUGAAAGUUCAGAACCGUUGACGACCUGCAACGGGUGUGGCGUCGGAUUGCACGACAGCUGCUCGACCAGCCACUGUCCGUCCGGUGGAUCGAGGCAUCCAACGGCCGUUCGAUUGUCGCGCCUGGUGGAGAAGGGCAACGUGUGGAGCUGUGAAGAGUGCAAGUCGUGCGAUGCGUGCGGUGACACGAGCCAGGACGAGGAUGAAGAUGAAACGCUCAAGGGUUCCUGGCUGCUCGACUGCUGGAGCUGCAAGAAAUAUUUUCACCUUUCCUGCCUCAACCCGCCACUAAUGGACACGAAAAAACCGAAAGCUCCCUGGAGAUGCUCCGAUUGUCUAAGCCAUUCAAAGGACAGUGAUCGCAAGUCUAGCGUCAUGCGGCCUAUUACUAGUGAGAAGAAGCGCAAAAGAUUGCUCACAGGAGACAACGAAUCGAAGGGGGGAAGUGCGGAUAGUACAGCUUUACCGGUACCUUACAAGCAUCCUUAUGAUUCCCCUAGCGAGGAUGCAAUGGAGAAACAAACUCUACCGGAUGGUGUGACGCCACAGGAUGUUGAGCUGUACAAACACGUCCGAGAGCAGUCGACCAAGAUCGUAGUAGGCGUAUCGCGAUCGUCAGGCAAAGCUCACGGUAGCAGUGGCGAUGCUAAUAGGGCAAGACACUUUUCACCCGAUCGUCAUCACACCCAGCAACAGCAUGCUGCGAUGGCAGCGAACAGCAACAGCAGCAUAUUGCAGCAUUCCCCUUCGAAGCUGAUGGCAGCGCAGGACCGUUGCCCGGCAGCGAUCGAGUUCGGGAAGUACGAAAUUGAGACCUGGUACUCGAGCCCAUUUCCCCAGGAGUACGCACGACUACCGAAGCUAUUUCUCUGCGAAUUCUGUCUCAAGUACACCAAAAGCAAGGCUGUGCUGCAGCGACAUCAGGAUAAGUGUUCGUGGCGUAAUCCACCGGGAACGGAGAUUUACCGGCACGACGGUGUGUCGGUGUUUGAGGUGGACGGCAAUGCGAACAAAAUCUAUUGCCAGAACCUGUGCCUCCUGGCGAAGCUGUUCCUUGACCAUAAAACGCUGUACUACGAUGUGGAACCGUUCCUGUUCUACGUGCUCACGCGAUACGAUCGUAAGGGCUACCAUCUGGUGGGUUACUUCUCGAAGGAGAAACACUGCCAGCAAAAGUACAAUGUAUCGUGCAUCAUGACGAUGCCACAGUAUCAACGCCAGGGCUAUGGACGUUUCCUGAUCGACUUCAGCUAUCUUUUGAGCCGGGAAGAGGGCCAACCGGGCACACCGGAGAAGCCGCUGUCCGAUCUCGGUCGAGUAUCAUACUACGCGUACUGGAAGUCGACCGUCUUGAACUUCCUUCAGGACCAUCGGCCCGGCAUACAGGGUGGCAGAAAUGCGUUUUCACUGAAACAGAUUUCGCAAGAGACGGGCAUGGUCAUUCCGGACAUUGUGCUUGCGCUCCAGCUGCUUUCCUUCAUCAAGUAUCGCAAGAUUGACCGUGGCGGUGGCUUCAAGAUGUACCAGCCUCUCAUCUGCAUCGACUGGCGGCUGGUGGACAAGCAACACGAGCGUAUGGUGCGCGCAAGGAUGCGAUUACGUAUCGAGAAGGAGUGCCUUCGCUGGACGCCACUGUUCCUGAACUCGUGCGCAUCCUAUUCCGAGCUGGAAGCUGCCGGGGCGUUCGAUAUCAGCGGAAUAGAAACAAUCGCUAAGGUGGAUGAAGAAGAUGUUACGACUAAGCAGGAAGAAUCAGACCACGAAACAAGCCACCUAGUAACGGUUCCAGAAGAUGAGCAGGAAGCCACAUCCGCCCCGCCCCAGCAACAGCGUGAACUAGGGAAGCGAAAACGACGAGAGAAAGGCGUCGGAAGCUCAGUGAGCGCACAUGAUGAUACCGUAGCAGCACCGGUCAGCACCAGCGUGAGUCAUGCGACACGCAGUAAAACGCCGCUAGAAGAAGAUAAUUCUGAUGGCGAUGAAUCGCCAGCUGAUGUGGUUGACGUUCGUGGUGCAUCAUCUGUAGCAUCUGGUCGCAAACGGAUACGUGGUGCGGAUAAGGAAUCAAUCACCAAACGUACGAGUUCUGGUGGGGGAAACACCUUCGAGCGACUACGGAAACGACGGCGGCUCGAUUCGGAUGAAAACAUGGAGGACAAAUCCAGCAGUAGUUACACACCAAAAGAAGAGCCCUCACCAGUGUCCGGUCGUAGUAGUGCUUUACGAAGAAAACGGAUGAACCUGCGCCUCUCGGAUUCAGAGCAAGAAGGCACGGACAAGAGAGUUCAUCCCAGAGGCAACAACCGAUCAGUAGAUCAGCAAACUACAGGCAACAUGGUGAUCGAUGAGCAGGAACAGGAGCAGUGUAGUCGUUAUGAUGCUUCUGAGUCCGCUAGGCUAAAGCCCGAUGUUGACAGUAAUAGCCCCACUGUUGUAGCGGGAAAACGUGCCCUCGGAAUGCGCAACUCGAAGCGACUGGCAAGUGCGAGUAGUCCGGCAAAUCGUGCCGAAACGCCGGAACCGUCUUCCUCCUCCUCGACGUCGGCACCUCCUGUAGGGCUGGUGAUGGUGGAGGAUAAGGUGAAACCUUCUCGCGGUUCAACGACAGGCACGCUGAGACAGAAGCAACAACACAUGGCGAUGGGGAUAGAAGCAGCAACAUCUGCUCAAUCCACAGCAGCUUCCGUCGCGGCUGCUGUUGCUUCAUCGAAAUCUCCAUCAUCAUCGCCUGGCAAAAGGAGCUCCCACUCUGUCUGUGCCUCUCCUCCGGCUAACAAUAUCGGCAAAGGACGGCAUAAAGUAGGACCUGCUACAAUCGCAGCUGCAGCGCGUAAUAAGAAACGAUCAAGCAAGAAACCAUCACAUGCUGGUAUGGUUGGAGAUGCGACUGAAAGUUCGUCGGGCGAAGCGGACGAUGAGGAAGAGGAGGAAGAGAUGCGACGACCUGCGCUUGCGGCCGCCAUGGGUACCACCGCCCCUAUCGCUACAACCCCUGCUGUAGUUAUGAAAAAAUCACCCAGCAAAUCAUCGAGUGGCACUGCUAAUGCCACAACAGCAUCCAAAAGCUCUGCACGGCUUCGCGACCAAUCGGUAAGCCCGGAUGGCAAGCGAGGCGAUACCGGCGCUGUUACUAAACGGUCAAAACCACACGAUGCUGCUACACCUAACACGAACAGUAGUGCAACUGGCAGUAAAUCUGUUGCUGCGAUAAAUCCGAUGAACGAUGAGAAUCGAGAACCAUCGAGUGAAUGUGCAUCUGAUUCAUUGUUGCAUGCUGAGAGCCAUAGCGAUUCGAUGGUAAAUGAUAGCAACGUAGUAUCAUCGAGAGAGAUAUCGCGUAUGGUAACGGAUCGCUCGCCACCACGUAAACGAUCGUCACCGGAAACCAGCCAUUCUGUUAUAAGUCGAACAUCGGUUGCAUCGGAAGCCACAAACAACCAAACGCUGGUGCCACAGACUCAUAGAAGUGAAGACAUUAUUAAAACGAGUCCCAGUAAGAAUGACAAAACGGUGGACAGCGUCAUUCUGCAAGCACCGCCAACGGCAACCACAAACGUUGUGAACCGUGAUGAAAAACAACAGCAGACGAUGGAUAAUGCAUCAGGGAUAACGACCGUUGCUACCACCAGCCAAUCACAGUCAACACAGAGUGCUGUCGAGAUCCAGAAGCCUAUGGUUACACCCGAUAGUGGCCAUCAGACGACGCUCGGCAACGACGUCCAUGGUUCUACAACCAGUGUCAUCAGCGAAACAUUAGUGAAUGGAGUUGGCAUCAAUGAGAAGAUCUCGGUGAUAACGGAAUCAAAAAACUGCCUAGCCAGUAGCACGGUUCGCAAUCAAGCAUCUAGUGGUGAGUCUAUAAAACGCCAGUGUGAUGAAAAUGAUACACCGUUCGAGAAAUCCUUGGAUAGUGGUCCUACGAAGGAUACCGGUAGCGCGGAAAUCUUGAAUCAAACCGAGCAUCAAACUGUGAGUGUGACCGCGGCGACGCCUGAAAGUAAGGAACGGACUGUGAGAAGCGUUGUGUCUUCUGAUGGUAGUGAUAGCGGCAUACCUGGUGGCACAGGAACGGCUAGCAACAACACGGUCAGCGUUUUGAAGAGCAAUGAGAACUACGAUAAACAUCACCAUCACAAAGAAGACAAUCGUCGGCCGAAGGUGAUCGUCGAUGUGCCAUCUUCGACGCCAGCAGCUACGGUUGGUGGGACGAAGGACGAAGCUCAGAAGGCAGACGGGAGUACGGGUGCCGUUGCAGUCGAACCGGAUGCUACAGUCACUCCAAAUGAUUCAAAACAUUCAACCAAAAGCAGUAACGGUGAGCUGGGAAUCAUUCAACAGACGAUGCAGCAACAACCGUCGUAUCUGUCACAGCAACCAGUGCAUCAAUCGGUUAGUACUGGCGGUACUAGUAGCGUCACUAGCUCGAACGGAGGAGUGCAUGAGAUGGCGAUGCAUAAGAAGAAGUUUAUGAAAACGAUGGAAAGUGCCAACGAAUCGGGUACGACGCCCAGCAUUGCCACAAACAGUUCAACGACGAAGGUAGCAGCGUUGGAUACAUUCCAGACUACGGUUCCACCGGUGCCGAGUGCGGUCGAUCAAUCGGUGUCGGAUCCUAUGUCGGUGAUUAAACAAAAUGAUGUUGCCUCUGGCAGCUCGGCAACGGCACAACCGACAACGCAGCAAUCUCAAAUGCAGCAGGUGAUUGAGAGUGUCGUUGCCGGGAACGAUACGAAUGCAAAGGAACCGUACAUCCUUUCAGCAGCAGCGCAUUCGGUUCCUGUCUCCACCGCCAUGGACACUGGUAAAGUGAAUGUGGACGCCAAGAAGGAAAAAUUAACAAACAGUAGCAGUGGCUCGAGUAAUCCGACGUCUAAGGUAUCAAAAAACGAUUCAUCGAUCGGUAUGCCUGAAAGCCGGCAGUCGGUGAAAGCGCAAACCCUAGCUGGAGGAGCUACCGCCGGAAACGGGUGUGCGGCGAUUACCUCAACUUCGAUGGCUGUCGUGACCAGUGCUGCAUCCGUCAUGUCGACUGACACAUUGAAUAGUAAUCUCUACGGUGAGGUGCAAACCAUUCCAACAAAGCGUGGCAAGGAGCGGACGAACAAUAGCGCCCAUGCCGGUGCAACAGUUGCAAACAAUAGUGCUAUGAGCCAGCACGAAGAAAGUGCCCCGCCUGUAACCAAAACCGGACGAGGAUCUUCGUCCUCCAGUAGCGAACAACAGCAGUCGUCGAAACGAUCGGCUUCGUCGACAGCAGCGAACAACGUCGCAGCUGCUACAAAGAAUGACGGUGUAUCGCCAUCAACGUCAGUGGCUACUAUGACUUCAUCUUCGUCGAAUGCUUCGAUCAAGCGACCGGAUACUGCUCGACGGGAGGCGAUCAAGAAUGUCUCGUCGGCAUCAGUCUCAGCACCGGGAUACGGGGGUAAUGGAGGACCUCAAUUAGCGAGCGGAACUACGACAACCAAUACCAUGAACCACUGCAAGGUGGCUCCCGACCAGCAGUAUCUCAUGACCUCCUCCAAAGUAGGCAAUAUUGGAUUGAUGGAUGGUAACGGAGGUGGCGGUGCCACUGCGAUUAACACUAAUGGUGGUCCUAUGCCGCCGAGCAUGAUGGGAACCAUGGGCAGCACGAUAGCUAGUGGUGGUGGUGGCGGUAUGAUGAUGCACGGAACCGCUGGAAUGGGAGGUGCGGUUGGAACACCGAAAGGUUCAAACUCAAGCUCUUCCGGUAGCGACUAUGGUAAUACGUUGAUGGGCAUGAACACAGCCACCAAUGUUCCCUGUCGCCCUGACAAACAGCCAGCAUCUAAGCAUUCGGCAGCAGCUACAGUUACCGCUUCGAUGCACGAUCCCAAAACGACGAUUGACCUGAACAAGGUAACGUCGCAGUUCCCGAGCAUUAAUCAACUGCCAAGCUAUACGACGUCACAGUACUGGCAGAUCGAUCCUUACUAUCACCAAGGGUAUAACCUGUCCCACCUAGACACGGGCAACCAGAAAUCACCGAACAAGUUCCAUCUCGAACAUCUUGCUACGAGCAUGGCAUACGGUAGCUUCCCUUCGAACCUUUACUCAACCUUUCAGCACCAGGAACAACAGUAUCAACAGCAGGUCGCUCAGGCUCCGACGCCGACUCCUCCAACGUAUCACACGAAAGAGCGUGGUUCAAACGUGAAGGCCGAUCGGAAGGAUGGCACGACGACCGCAAAACAUGGCAAAUCGAAAUCAUCCAGCGUUGCAAACGCGUCGACCGGUGCGGACGACGGUACCAGCAAGUACAAGGUCAGCAAUCCGCCAACCGAAGUGCAUCAUCUUGCAUCGCAUUCCGCACAGCAUCAGCAUCAACAGCAGCAGCAACAACAGCAACAACAGCAGCAACAGCAGCAACAACAGCAGCAGCAGCAACAACAGCAGCAGCAGCAGCAGCAACAACAGGUGCAGCAGCAGCAGCAGCAGCAACAGCAACAGCAAUUACAGCAACAGCAACAACAUCAACAACAACUCUGUCCUUCACCAUACGAUGCUGGAUUGAUGUGCUCAAAGGGUAUAAGUACUGCAAAUCAGUAUCAUCAUUUGGCUCCGGGCCAAUUAGUGCAACAUCCACAGCAACAUCCUCCACAGCAACAUCACCCUCAGCAUCAUCAGCAUCAGCAACAUCAGCAACAUCAACACGCACAACAGCAACAUCAACAACAACAGCAGCAUCAGCAACAACAAACACAUCCGCAUCAACACCCUCAGCAUCAACAGCAGCAGCAACAGCACAAAUCGAUCCAGAAGGGUCAGAAGAAUGAUCCUUCUUCGAACAAGCUCAAUGAUUCUUCGUGCAUGGUGGCAGCUACCAAACAGCAGCAGGGAGCAACCGCUACCGAGCCCUCGGCAUGCCAUGGUGGAACGGUUCAGCAACAGCAGAACCUUCAUUUGAUGAAAGGCGCCUUUCCGGUAGCAACCGAUCCAGAUCUCCAUUCAGAUAACAGUGCCACCGGUGGCAAUACGGUGGCAGCUGAUAUGAAGACAACAGCAAUCGGCGGCGCAGGUGGAACACCAAAUGAUGUCCAUUCCCUCGGCGUGUAUACCCCAGAAUCGACCAGUAACUCGGUCCAGAGUCUGCAUCAGUACGGUCAGUGUGAUAUAGACGUCAGUCAAUUGGGCCUGGAAUCGCCGGCCAGCAUCUCGAGCGAUAUGACGUCACAGAAUUCAGCUGACGCUAUUAGACCACCGAGUGUCGUAUCACAGCAUGUCGGACCUUACUCGGACUGUUCAGUACACCAGCAGCAGCAGCAGCAACAGCACCAACAGCAACAUCAAACACAGAUGCAUAUGAGUAUGCACACGCACGUACCGGAAACAAGUCCUCAGCAUCCAGCACAGCAGCAGCAACAGCAACAGAUGACCAUAAUUGCUAACAAUGCUGGAGCCGGUGCUGGUGGCGGUGGUGGCAACAAUGGCAACAGGGGCAAACAACACCCUGCCCAUUUGGCGCAGCAGCAGCAACAGCAGAUACAACAUGCGGGUGCCAGUGGUGGUCGAGGAGCAGGAUCGCAAAGAUCCUCUACUCCGAAGGUAUCUCGCAACACGCCAACACCAGGUGGCAGUCAACAGCAGCGACAUCAAAGCCGCACAACACCGCCAGUCGUAAGUAACGUCAUUCAACCGAUCGUAAGUCCUGGUCAUCAUCAACAGCAUCAACAGCAACAGCAGCAGCAGCAGGCGGCCAUGCAAGCAGCCAGUAUGAACCAGCAGCAGCAGCAGCAGCAACAACAGCAGCAACAGCAGCAGCUGGCCCUGCAGCAACAAAUGCAUCAAUCGUAUGGGCAAUCGCUGAACCACCAGGCACAUUCACAGAACAUGCAUCAAGCGGCAGUUGCAGCGGCGGCAGCUGCAUCAGGGGGCGGCGGUGGUUACCUUGGGCCACAGCUUGGCCUAGCUGGGCAGGGACCACCAUACCAUCCUCAGUCACCGACCUCGUACGGUAGCGUGAUACAACAUCGGAUGUCGAACAAUCAUACACCGGCCAGCCUGCAUAGCCCGCAUCAGCGGUUGGGAGCCUCACCCGUGUCGUCCUGUGCCGUAUCAUCGGGCAACAAUUUCUACGUCCAACAGCAGCAACAAUCCAGUGUCUCGCAUUCCGGUUCGCAUACACCAAUCCCACAGGCUCCGACGCCGGCACCAACGCCUACUCCAACUCCGACCCCUCACCUCGAGCCACAGUCAUGCCAGGGUGCUGGGGCCGGUCAGUUGCAACAGCAGCAGCAACAAGGAUCUCUGUCAUGUCUUUCGAAACUACAGCAACUGACCACUAACGUUGAUAUCUGUAAUUCACCCGUCACACCACCACCGUCCGCUCACCACGCUCCACAUCCACAUGGUCCCGGUGGAGCAGCAGCCGGCGGGCCAGCGGGUGGGGGUCCAACGGGAGGAGGACCCGGACCCGGUGCCAAUAACAUGGUCGCACAAAACGUGGCACGCAACAUCUCUACGCCACCGAUGCACUCGGCUCAAAUGUCCACCAUUAAUUAUCACAAAUACUAUACGAGCAACAUGAACGUACCACCGACGAUUGCAGCGCAAAAUGCGGCGGCUGCCGCUGCUGCGGCCGGUGCAGCGCGUCGAAAUGCUUCCAGUGCCCAGAUACAACACAUGGCCGCUGCCGCUGCCGCCAAUACGUCCAGUCGCGUCAGUCCGAACGUAGCGAUCAGUACGAAUCUGAUGUCACCGUAUGGUUCCCUGAAUGGGUACCGCAUGACAGCUGCGCAAUCGACCGGUACCGGUGGCUACAUUGGCAGUCCGGCGGCUGGAUUCAUACAAAACCCCGCGCAGCUCGGUCCAGCCGUGCAGAUGAUGAACAUGCAGUCCCAGUACCAGGAUCCGAGUGCCAUUCAGCGGGCUCAGCAGAACUCCAUGUACUCUUCGUACUCGGCCUAUCUGCCCGCCAUGAGACGCUAGUCUAAUGACGACAACGACGGUGAGGACGACGGUGAGCCUCGCAUCCGAGAGGAACUGUGCAGGCGAGGACGAUUUUCUCAUAUGAAAACCGCAAACCGUAUAAAAAUAGUAGCUAGCAAGAUAAAAAGAAGUUGGUUCAGCGAACCUCACUCUUCAAUCACAAUCGCGCUCAUUGGCAUCAUUGAGAACUCCUGUGUAUUGAAAGCUCGAUUUUGUUUACAGAACUUUGGGAUAGAAUGCAAGAAAGAUGGUAUUGCGAUGAUUGCAAAACUACUGAUAAAGAAGUCUAUGAGAAAAUUUGAGGCACCGUGCGUAAAAGGCAAUCGGAUUGCGUUCCCUGGUUGGGACGGUUGGACGUUUGCACGUUGAAACGUUUUUUAAAUCUUUUUACAUUUCAUUUUAUUUAAUUUUUGCAAUGACACCAAGGAUACAUACACACAGGCUCUGAACUGAACUGUAAGGUUUUCGUUUGCGUUUUUUAUUGCUUAAAAAUAUCAUCAACACUAAACAUAGUCUUUUGCUAAGCCAGUCAGUAUAUUCUAAUCCAUACACACCAUCUUGUUUAGGGGUUGAUUGUAGCAACAGUGAUCAGGUCCGGCUUUUAAUACAUUUAGACACAGGAAAGGAUUUGUUAUAGAAACAGGCGUGGCGUCCCUAGGAUUUUAAGAAACCCAGAUUUUAUGCAGUACCGGCGAUAAGCAGGAGUGCCUCUGGCAGCGAUUGCACUUGAAGAAGCUGGAUCCGUGAUGAAUGAAGCGACGUGCGUAUGAAGCUCGCCCGAACUCAUCCAGACGGCAGAUAUGAUUCUGUAUCGCAGUCACUUCUGUUCACGAUUGCGAUCAUUCCGCAGUGGUGGUGUCCUUCUGCCAGCGAUCGAUGGUCAUCGUUUAGGUGACGCUGUUUAACGUAAGAUACCUAAGGUAAUGUCUGUGUACAAAGGUAAAUGCAGGGGUGAAACAAAAUGGUAAAACAUACAGUAGUAAAAACAGGAUAAUCAAAACGCUCCGCUUGUAAUUAUAAACGUGUAGUUUGUCACUAGGCCGAACCUUGAACUCAAAACCGCGAAACGAACUGCGGGGACAGGUUGAUUCGUUCGGGAUUUCUGUUAUCUCUUUGCAUCCUGAGCACAAUCCAAACGGUGCGUGCAGUUAUUUUAAUCGAAUAUUAAAGGUGGAGGCACAUGCCUUUGAUCUUUUUCAAACGGUUCAUCCGACAAAGAAGAAGGGAAAUGGCAAACUACUUAACACAAAGACACAUCUAGCGGACGUAGUAUGGCGUACGUUCGGCCGGACUGGAGACGGCGUGUGUUCCUAAUCGCGUUUAUUGCCUGAUCGCGAAUCAGGGUUUCUCGCCUAGCGUGGUAGAGAACAUGCUCUAUAUUUGUUCUUAACAGCAGCAACAGCAGCAGCAGCCAUCGCGCUUUAUAUUUAAUUCGUUUAUAGGUAAUUAUGGGCCCACCCUAGCUGGGACAUUAUUCGGGUGGUGUAGGAGGUGAUACAGUUUUAAGUCAUUGAAUACAAACUGCAUUAAGAACAAAUGACGCGUUGAAAAAGAGUAAGAAAAGGUGAAAGUGGAUGGAGACGGUGAAAAUCCCUAUAGAUCACCGAAUUGUACACAUAUGUUGUUUCACAAGAAGGUAAUAAACAAAAAUCAUACGAGUAUUUAAAACAAUUCGAUUGAUUUUUUUUGUUAUAAUAUUUAACUGCGGCGCUCAUUGAGGCAAUAGUUAUCCAAUAACAU